CUUUACACCAGAACAUUCAUGUCUCUCGACGACAUCUGGGACGCGCCAAUUUCUCCUGCUCAUGCUGUUACGCCGCAUUCGGAUACAGUCAGCUCUCAGAAACGCCCUAGAGAAACAUUAUUUCUUUCCGACUCAGACAACGAAGACGAGCAACCAGCGCCGAAGAGACCUACUAGCUCGGCACCGAGACCAGACGUAGAUGCGCUUUUCGCCGACAUCGAUAAUGAUGACGCAGAGGAGGAGGAUGACCUAAGAUAUAAACCCCUUGCACCUGCCCUUGACCUUGAGGCACUCCGAAAACAGGCCGAGGCAAAACACGCGUUGACACCCCAUCAAAUCUUGCCUAGUAGUUCUCCACCAAGAGAUUUAGGUCCCGACGAAGAAAAUGAGGGAGGAAAGGAUAACAAGGAUAAAGGAAAAGAUGGGAAAAAAGAGAGAAAGAAGGUUGUAUUACUCGAUGAAACAAGUUUGAUAGGGGCAUCGGGGUUUCCACAGCUCAUUCAGAAUAUCAAAGAUUUUAAGGUUAAAGGGAAAGGUCAUGAGCAUUCAGACCUCCAACGGAUUCUCCAGGUGUACCAGUUUUGGUCUCAUAGAUUGUACCCCAAGACUCCGUUCAAAGACACCGUUGAGCGCGUCGAAAAAUUAUGUCACUCAAAACGAAUGCAGGUCCGAUUGAGCGUAUGGCGUGAUGAGGCGAAAGGUCUUGUCAAUGGCAAGGAGCCAGGAGAAAACGGCGGCGACAACGUUAUCGACCUCACCGAUCCAAAUUUUGAUGGUGCAGACGUGACUGACGAUUCGUCCUCUUUGCAUGCCCCAUCUCUUCCACCCUCAUCAUCAGAGGCCGAAGACGACGAUUUUGAUAUCGAUGCUGUCGUUAGAGAGGAAGAGAAACGCCUCGCUGCGUUCAGAGCACAACGUUCUGUUUCCCCUGCACCUCCCGCAUCAAAGGCCAAAUAUAAAACUUUGCCACCCGAGGUUGCAGAUGGGAUGGACAUCGACGAAGAGGCGAUGUGGAAUGACCUCGAAAUAUUCGAUAACCCAAUCCCCAACCCUGCUCCGCCGCCUCCAAAGAGUAGUAAACCAAGCCUCUUAGUCGAUGACCAGGAUGAAGAAAUGUGGGAUAUGGUGCGGGAAUUGGAGAGAGAAGAGUAUACAGCAUCGAAGCAACUUCCAGUGUCAUCCGUGUUGAGCACGCCAUCUGCAGGGAACGCUGACAUGUCUCUCGGGACAAAUGACGAAGACUUUGAUGAUAUAUAUGCGUAGAUUCAGAUGAUACGUAAAUGAGUGAAUGUCAUACAAUAGCCGAACGUCUUCGUUCAUCACGUCCGUUGGAGCAGGGCCAGCGGCCUAAGCCCAGAGCAAG